ACAGCUUUUUCGUCUUACGUUUUUACAGUCUUGUCAGUGGAGACUUGUGUUUUUCUAGUUGAUUGCAAACUGACUUCUUCUUGUCUACUAUUGACAAUGGGAGCGUCGUAGCUCUCUUUUGAGUUUAUCAUGUCAUUCUACUCUAUAGCAUGAGUGGAAAGCCUAUUAAGCCACCACAAGAUGGUGGAAGGGUAGGAGAGAAUGGUGCCUCUGAAAAUUCUUCCACCGUCGUCGGAAAGACAUUCAGAGUUCUCAGAGAAGGUGUUUGGGAGAAUGCUGAGGUGAUCGAUACACGAACAUUAGACAAUGAUCAAUUGGAGUAUUAUGUUCAUUUUGAGCGCUUCAAUCGUCGCAUGGACGAGUGGGUGCCCCGAAGUCGUGUCAACGAGCAAACUCCAAUUGAACGAGAGCAUGAUGGAAAUCUGCUAGGUGUGGACGGGAAUGAUGCUCCUGACAGAGGUACUCUAACUCGCAAUCAGAAGCGGAAGCACGAUGAAAUCAACCAUGUCCAGAAAUCUAUUGCCGAGAUGGAUCCCACCACGGCUGCGCUAGAAAAAGAGCACGAAGCUAUCACCAAAAUCAAGUAUGUGGAUAAAGUACAGUUUGGACGUUUCGAAAUUGAUACUUGGUACUUUGCUCCUUUUCCUGACGAGUAUGGAAAAAUGCCGAAGCUGUGGAUCUGCGAAUUUUGCUUGAAGUAUAUGCGGUUGGAGAAGACGUAUCGCUAUCAUGUUCCUCAAUGUCAGAGACGUCAACCACCUGGGAAAGAAAUUUAUCGGAAGGGAUCGAUAUCCGUGUAUGAGGUGGAUGGCAAAGUGCAGAAGGUGUACUGCCAGAAUCUCUGUCUAGUAGCUAAGUUAUUCCUGGACCACAAAACUCUCUACUUUGAUGUCGAGCCGUUUCUGUUCUAUGUGCUGUGUGAGGUGGAACGUGAUGGUGCUCACAUGGUGGGGUAUUUCUCAAAGGAGAAAGAGUCAGCCGACAACUACAACCUUGCAUGCAUCAUGACUUUACCACCUUUUCAACGUAAAGGCUAUGGCAAGUUCAUGAUUGCAUUCAGCUACGAACUAUCGAAGAUUGAGAAAGUUGUUGGGUCGCCCGAGAAGCCUCUGUCUGAUUUGGGAAAGUUGAGCUAUCGUAGCUAUUGGACAUGGGUGCUGCUGGACAUUCUGCGCCAGAAGCACUAUGAGAAGCACGGUACUUGGAGCGUUAAGACACUCAGUGACAUGACGUCCAUCCAGGAAUGUGAUAUCAUCGAUACGUUGCAGUCAAUCAAUAUGAUCAAGUACUGGAAGGGAGCACAUGUGGUGUGUAUUCCACCAAAGAAUGUUGACGAUCACCUCCGUGGUGCAAACUACAAACCACCCACUCUCUUGGUUGAUGCAGGAGCACUAAGGUGGGAGCCCUUUGCACGUACUCCUCGGCUAAAGAAGCACUGACAUACCGUUCUUGAUAGUGAUUGCCUCUGUCAAGGCACACUGCUUUUGUUGUAACUCAGCUCUCCUCUGGCAGGAAGCUUAGCUUAGGUUAUAUGUCCUCACUUUUGUCUUCACAUUCCAUUGCCUGUUGUUCUGAACACUUCUGGCAUAUUAUUGGUUGUCGUUAUGCUAUGCUAAGAAGCUGAAUCGUUAUGCAUGGGGUGUAGGCCUACUUUUUUUAAUGGCAGUGGAGUCGCUGUGUAUCCCUUCGCAUUCACUGUUUCUCUCCGUCUGACAGCAUAUAGGAUAGGUUUCUUUACUUUAAUUACCUGCAUGCCUCUUCAGGUGUUUGCUUUUUAACACUUUAAAAAAGCUUAUGAACAUGGUGCUAUAACUGCUGAAGCUGAUGUCCCGUAUUAUAUAUGUACUACUCCAAUGCUGCUGAUGCUGUGCGCUGCUCGAUUUACUGAGAUUCACGUUACGUUGGUCUUGUUUUGUUUGCUUGUUGAUGAUGUAAUGUUGGUAUUCAUGGAGCUUGUCGUGAUUCCCUUUUAUUGUGUCCUCCAAUCAUGUCCGCAUUUUACGAUUUAUACUCUGGUGUGGCUUUUUUGUUGUUGUUGUUGUUGUUGUUGUUGUUGUUGUUGUUGUUGUUGUGGUUGUGGUUGUGGUUGUUCCAUAUUGAUCAUAGAUAUACUGCAGGGAGAGUUCCCUCAUACAAAG